CACGAAAGCAGAGCUCCUCUUGACAAAAACAAGGGCUGGGACUCCAGCGAGAAGAGCAGUGUGCCUGGUGCAUAUCUAGCAUAGGCUCUUCGUGCAUUUGAACUAGUUUGUGCAUGUUUUCAAUUUUUUAAUUUUAAAGAGGACUAAAAAGCACAGCAGCAGCAGCAGCAGCAGCAGCACGAUGUUGUGGGUUAACUCAGCUCGUCAGCUCUGCAAGAUGUUUUUCUCUCUGCACGUUGUGUUCCUGAGCGUGGCCAUGGUUCACUGCAGCGCAGCAAAAGCAAAUGAAAAAGACUGCAUGAUAUCCAAUGGUGUGGAGUACAGAGGAGAACAACAGAGCUCCUCCUCGGGUCUGACCUGUCUAAACUGGACCAACACCAGUAGAGACUAUGAUGUUACACUCCAUCCUGACUCAAAGACAGGUGUGGGAGAUCACAAUUACUGCCGAAACCCAGACUCCUCUGAGAGGCCUUGGUGCUACAUUACGGGCCCAGAUGGGACGGUCCAGAGACAAUUCUGUGCAGUUGACACAUGCAAAGAACAAGCCUCUAUUGUACCAGCGGAGGCCGCACCCCUCAAGCCAACCGGAACCAUUCCCUCCACAGAGAGCUUUCAGACGGCCAAGUCGGGAGCUUCUCAGGGAGAAGUUGCUGCAGUGCAGCCGGUGAUGGGAAUCAGCCAGCGAGUACGCACAGGACCCAAAAAGAAAAAGGACCUUGGCACGCUCGGCUACGUCAUCGGCAUCCUCAUGAUGGCAAUUAUAAUCCUCCUCGGAGCAGGCAUCACAGUUGGCUACUUCUAUAAGAGGGGUCGGGACUUAAAGAAGCAGCAUGAGCAGCGAGUGUACGAGCGUGAGAUGCAGAGGAUCACCCUUCCCCUGUCGGCUUUCUCCAACCCCACCUGUGAGCUGGUGGACGAGAACACCAUCGUGAUCACGGCGGAGCACGACACGACCCCCGUCCAGGAGGAGGACAUGGAGGGCGGGGACCCUCUCAUGGGCCAGCAGGCCGGUACCCCCGGAGCAUGAGUAGGCGUGUGUAGUCCUCGAACGCUGGACUAGUGAUACAUUUUGUGGACCAAAACACUUCUUCACAUGUUUGUUUCUCCUUCCUGCCUCCCUGAGUAACCUCUGUUUUAAACGGAGUAAGGGAGCAGUGAUCGCUCCAAAGACUUGAACUGAAUGUCCUUUGUGUCUCCUUUCCUUUGGUUUUUAUACAUCUGAGGCACAAACAACACAAGCUGUGGGCACCAUUUAUGGUGAAUCUGUUGUGAAUGAAGAUAUGACAUGAGGUCUUUUUUGAUACAUUUGAUAGCCAAGAAAAUAAGGUCAUGUGCUGCCCCCUUAAAAAACAGUAUGAAGAUCUAGUCUGAUGGACUAGUCAGUGUUUAUAAUGGUGUGUAAUGAAACCAGUUCUUUGUUUGGAAUGGGGGUUUAUAACCUUUUGUUUUUUAGUAUGCUUCCAUGUGGAGAAAGUCUUCUCCACAGAUAUUUGUAUUGACCUGUUGGCUGUGCCGAGGGAGACGCGGAUAAGAAAUGUAUAAAGACUGCUUUAUUGGAGACACACUGGUGGCCCAGAUGUGUCCAAAAAUAUCCUCUUCUGAGACAGGAUGAGGUAAAACAGGCCCACUGAAGACACGGGAAGACUUCCAACUCUGCCUUAGCAUGAUACUUCUGAAUGUACUUGUUUAUCUUUAACCCGGAUGAUUUUUUUUGUUUUUCUCUUUGUAAUCGACGUGCCGGUUACAAAGCAUGACGUGUGGUCAGGUCGUCGGCAGACAUAAAAGAGGACUUGCCCUUUUCUUCCACGGGUUAAGGAGUGACAGGAAAUAUACUGAGUGCUCUCAGGAAGCACGAGAGACAGUAGAUAGUCCUCAGGACAAAACAGGCCUGCCACAACAAAGAAGAGAAAUCAGUCUGUCUUUGCAGAGCAGGACAGGGAUUGUGUUGAAGUACUGAAGAAGACUGGAGAUUAGAUUUGAGUUAUGCAAUUGAUGCUUCAGGGUAGAGACGGGGAUGGAGUAGAAUAAAAACAGUCCAAAGUUUGGUGUUCAAAAACAUGAGUGCAUGCACAUGGUUACCUGCUGUAUGUUUGUAUUCAGGGGCCAUUUUUAUUUUUGCAUCUUAAAAAAGUAGAACUACUGAUUGAAGAAGACAUCUUAGAAAAUACCUGCCUGGAAAUAGAAAUCAUCGUUAGUUUGUUACACGUGAUGCAUCGCUACUUCUCUCCCGUCACUCCACAUGAUCUUGUUUUGUGAUUAUUGCUGAAUCCACGUCACUGAUAAUCUUUGGUUACUGCUGCUCCAUCGUUUUAAAGCAUCUGUGUGCUGGUUGUAUUGUUUUCUUCAUACAAGCAACGUGUUCUAAAUACUGUGGCUCAGCAUUUGAAUUUAGCACUUGUAUUUGUAUGAAUGUCAAUAUGAUUUUGACUGCUGAGACUGAAAUAAAACAUCAAACUCA